AUGGCGGCCUCAUUUGUGCGAGCUGCGAGCCGGCACGCACACACUUCCAAACGACUUUGCCUCACUCCCGGUCUUCAACUCCCCUCGAGACAGAGACAGUCGGUCUUUCUGUCCCGUUCGAUCUCGUCGACGACUCCUCGAAGAGCAGAGGCGAGCACCACUGGGCCCAUCUCCGCUCCCAACCCCGAAACUCCCGGCGGUCCCCUGGCCACGACCAUCUCUCCCACGGAUUCUACCUUUACGAAGCACGUCCAGUCAGACUCCAACUUGAUCAACAAGACCCCCGACAGGAAUUUGGGUGAUGAGUACGAGACGAGGAAGAUCCGGCAUUAUACCGUGAACUUUGGCCCACAACAUCCCGCCGCGCACGGUGUGUUGCGUCUGAUUCUGGAGCUCAAUGGCGAAGAAAUUAUCCGGGCAGAUCCUCACGUCGGACUGCUGCAUCGUGGCACGGAAAAGUUGAUCGAGUACAAAACAUAUCUCCAGGCUCUGCCGUAUUUUGAUCGGUUCGACUAUGUUUCCAUGAUGACGAACGAGCAAUGUUUCUCCCUGGCCGUUGAGAAAUUACUCAAUAUCGACAUCCCGGAGCGAGCCAAAUACAUUCGAACCAUGUUCGGGGAAAUCACUAGGAUAUUGAACCACCUGAUGUCGAUUUUGUCGCACGCCAUGGAUGUCGGUGCUCUGACUCCAUUCUUGUGGGGGUUCGAGGAGCGGGAGAAGCUCAUGGAAUUCUACGAGCGUGUCUCAGGUGCACGGUUGCAUGCUGCAUAUGUUCGUCCUGGCGGUGUCAAAGCAGAUCUUCCCCUCGGGCUACUGGACGAUAUCUAUGCCUGGGCAACUCAGUUUGGUGAUCGUAUUGACGAGACCGAGGAACUCCUGACGGACAACCGGAUCUGGAUCGGCAGAACAAAAGGUGUUGGAGUCGUUUCCGCUGCUGACGCCCUCAACUACUCAUUCUCUGGUGUCAUGUUGCGAGGCUCCGGCGUUCCCUGGGAUAUUCGGAAGAGCCAGCCGUAUGAUGCUUACGAUAAAGUCGAAUUCGAUGUGCCAGUGGGUCAAAACGGCGACUGCUAUGAUCGAUACCUGUGCCGAAUGGAAGAGUUCCGACAGUCUUUGCGCAUCAUUCAUCAGUGCUUGAAUCAAAUGCCCCCGGGACCUGUUAAAGUGGAAGACUACAAGAUUGCACCACCUCCGCGUGCAGCCAUGAAGGAGAAUAUGGAAGCUCUCAUCCACCACUUUUUGCUCUUCACCAAGGGCUACACUGUUCCUCCGGGGGAUACUUACAGCGCUAUUGAGGCUCCCAAGGGCGAAAUGGGUGUCUACCUCGUCAGCGACGGCAGCGAACGUCCUUAUCGAUGCAAGGUUCGGGCCCCUGGAUUCGCCCACUUGGGCUGUUUCGAUCAGAUCAGUCGUGGCCAUCUGCUCGCGGAUGCGGUAGCCAUUAUCGGCACGAUGGAUCUUGUAUUCGGCGAGGUGGACAGGUAG